AUGAGAAAUCCGGCCUGCUCACGUACGAUGAUGCUGCUAGCAGAAAAAGAGGUGCAGCUUAAAGAGUACCAUGCGGCUAAGAAGGACCGGGUGCAGCUGAUGACGGGACUACGGGUGGAGCUCACCGGUGAAAUGCCGUCCCCGCAUCUGUCAGCAAUGGUAAAGGCGAGGAAGGAAAGCACGCAAAUCGCGGAGUUACAGACAGCGAGCGGCGCAGUCUCGGACUCUAAAGGGAUCUUGGAGGCAGCAUCGGCUUUCUUCGCGGGUAUUUUCGGAGAAGACAGAUGCCGUCUUAAGGAGAACUGGAAGCCGAUAAAAGGGAAAAAGCUGGAGAAGUGGGACGCAGAGGAGCUGGCAGCUGACUGGACAGAAGAAGAGGUGAAGGCAGCCUUUGGAGCGAUGGCGGCUAACAAAUCACCUGGAAAGGAUGGGUUGCCGAAAGAACUAUUUGAAGCACACUGGGACCUGCUGGGCAAAGGAUUUAUGGCAAUGGCGAAGGACUUCGCGGCUUCUGCUUCACUCUCCACCGAUGUCAAAGAAGCCGUUACGAUACUCCUGCACAAGAAGGGGGACAAGGAUCAGUUGAAUAAUUAUAGACCGAUAACUCUUCUAAACUUCAGUUACAAAGUGCUGGCGAGGGUGAUUGCUGACAGAAUGAAGAAGGUGAUGGGAAAGGUGAUUUCAGAGGAGCAGUACGGAUUCCUGCCGGGGAGAAGACUCACGGACGCAGUGGGAUUGUUCGCCGAUGUGAUUGAUGCGGCUCGGAACAAGAAUAAGGACUGGUUUCUGUUACUCGUUGACUUCAAGAAGGCAUAUGAUUUGGUGUCGAGAGACUAUACCUUCAAAAUCUUGAGGGAGAUGGGUUUUUUCGGAGCGGCUGGUUGGCUGGGUCGAAGGCAGGGAUGCCCGCUUGCUCCAUACCUGUUCCUCUGCGCAGUAGAACCGUUGGCGCAAGAGGUGUGGCGGAAAAAGCUGGGGCUCAGCAAGGCGGACGAGCAUCUCUCGUAUAUCGGGUAUGCUGACGACACCACACUGAUUCUGGAGGGGAAGGAGCAAAUCAUUAAGGCGGAGAAGGUACUGGAGAAGUUUAAGCUUACCUCGGGGCUGGAGACGAAUGUGGAAAAGUCAGUCAUCCUGCCGCUGGGCGAUAACCUGCACAGGCACUCAUGCAGACCACAGAGUUUCCGUUGGGCGGGAGCGGAUGAGGCAGAGAGACUGCUGGGGAUUUGGGUAACACCGGCAGGAAGGUGUCAGCCAACGUGGGAGAAGGCGGGGGCAAGCGUGGUCGGAAAACUUAAAACAUGGGAGAAAAUUUAUCUUCCGACGAAGGCGAGAGCGGCGGUGGUGAACGGCUACUCUAUGUCGGUGGUGGCGUUCCAGACGCAAGUAUAUCCGCCGCCGCCAGUAACCUGGAAUGCGCUCUCCAAGACGUUCCAGAACUUUGUAUCCGGGAACAAGGCAACGGCUGACAGGGUGUUCCGGUUGUGGAGCAAGGAUCUCCUACACACGUCAAGGGAGGAUGGGGGAGUUGGAGUAUGUGACCCGGAGAUGAUCCUUGCUUGUCUCUCGGCAAGGAGGGUGGGGCUGCUGAUCACGGAGAAGAACGUGCUCAAGAAAGAGAUCAUGAUGUGGGCGGCUGAGCUUCCUAUGGGCAUUGAGUCCUUUUUCGCGCAUGAUAAACUACUGCGGCGAUGGGAAGGACGUAGUGCUCGGUGGAAAAUUGCGUGCGAAAAUUUUAUGAAGUCGCCGCUGGGGGAGCUGCCGGAGAUUGUUACUCGAGAGGCUGCGGAGGGAGAGCGGAUAGUGUUUAACAAGCGUAUUCUCCUCAGGGGGUCCACACCGGUUGGAGGACAGAAGGACGCGAAACCUUUGUGGGAGAUGAGGCUGGGACACUUGAUCAGCUACGACAAGGAAGGAGUUCCCACGCUAAGAGGGAUGGAGUCACUGGAGAAGGAGCUGGGGGGGAAAGGACCAGCUAGGCUGGCACUGAAGGCCUUCGAAGCGGCUCCUGAGACAUGGCGGACUCUGCUGCUAGACGGUUCCUACAGAGAGCAAUCAAACCCUAGCACGGUUGGCUCUCAUCGCAGGAGAUACAUCCCGCCUGGAAGAGAUUUCACGCUUCUACCGAUCUUUGAGAAGGGGAAGGUGGUGCCGAUGAGGCAGCUGAAAAAGCUGUGGAAGAAAGGGCAGAAGGCAUCAGUGAAGCAGCAACAGUGGUCGGGCAGGUGGAAUGGGAAGAUUGAUUGGAAAAGGGCAAUCUCGGUGGGGGAACGACUGUCAUUUCUAAGUGGACAACCGAAAUGCCCGCAUAGUGGGGGAGAGGAGACUUUGGAACAUUGCCUCUACGACUGCCCCAAAAUCCAGGCGGUGAUUACAGCACUCAAACGGGCUCUUCAAAAGAGCGCACAUUCUCUCCAUCCUCCCACCCCUCUGCUCCCUCUCACCCCUCCAGCGCUCGCCACGGCUAACAUGGCAGCAGGGGAGACCAGUGCAGGAAGCGGGAAUCAGAGCAUGCAGGUGGGCGUGGGCGUGGGCGUGGGCGUGGGCAGCACCACAGGCGGUGUGGUGGAGACGAGGGUGCGGGUGGCAACUGUGGUCACGGUGCCGGGCGUGAGCUUCCCCGUCAGCUUCGACGCCCUCCGCUGCUUCAGCCUUCCCCGGGCGGCGCGCAAGGCGGCGGGUGACGUGCAGGUGUGGUGGCACGGGCUCAUGGGCGGCGGCAGGGGCGGCAGCGGUGGUGGCACGGGCGGCGGCGGUUCGUAUGGCAAGGGUGGGGGUGCGGCAUGCAAGCAACUCAAGUUUUUUGCCAACCCGGCCUGCAAGGGCAAGGCGCUGGAUGAGGUGCUGCAGCCGCAGUUUGCCGCUCUGAGGAGAUUCUUCCACGUGCCCAGCGCAAAGAAGAUUCCCCGAUGGACUUCCGUUUCCUGCAAGUGUUGUGCGUGCCUUGCCUCCCUGCCUCCUUGCCUCUUUGCCUUCUUGCCUCCCUGCCUCAUUGCCUUCUUUCCUCCUUGCCACCCGUUCCACACACAUCUCAUCCCUUCUAUGUGA